AUGUCGACCCCUUCGACGGCCACCGCGACACAUCCUGCUUCGCAUCAUCCGCAGCAUUACGCCUAUCCUCCUCAUCCGCAGACUUACCAGCCAAAUCCUCCCUAUCCACCCACCACCGCUGCUGCCACCGCUCGUCUAGCCACCUCCUCGUAUCCUUACGCCAUCAAUCCGCCUCCGACGACGACGACGACCGCAUCCACCACGACCACAACUCUCCCGUAUACUCAAUCCCCCAAACUCGCCGCGCCCCCGACUGCUCCCGCACCUUUGUCCUCCACCCCGGCCACAAUGGCUUCCGUUCAGAACGGAUACAGCGCCGCGGCCACUCCGACCCAGAAUGGUAGGAAAAAGAAUCCAGAUUGGGGUGAAUUUUACAAGAACGGGAUCCCCAAGGAGGUCAUCGUCAUCGAUGACACCCCUCCACCGGAGCAGUCCAAGGCGCCCUCCCACACUCUCACUACCGCAUCUUCUGCCGUUCCUGCUCCAAAUGGUUCUAUGAUACAUCCGCCUGGCAAGAGGAGACGGACGGGGUUGGAUACGGCAUACGAGGUGGGCUACUACGACCGUCCGUCGUAUUCUAUCCAUCCUCAGCAGCAAUUCGGAGAGGAAUCGUCCGGGGCGUCUCUGUCAACCGACCGAACGACCUCGCUUCACACGACCGCUCCAACGUCGCUGGGCUCGCAGGGGAGCACUGGGACGAAUAACGGUGUUUACUACGAGGAGGCAGACAUCGGUCAAAAGCGGAAGCGCGUCACAACACGCAAAUCCACACGCGAUGAGCAGAAGCGACGGGAGUUGGAGGCGGUGGGCGAUGCUUUUCUGAGUUACGUUCCUCCUCCAAACCCGCCUAUCAAAGCCAAGGAUGUCGCUGUGCCGGUUGUCCGCGAUUAUGCACGGACGAACGAAAAAUAUGAUGAUGAUGAUGGCCACUAUGUGGUCACUCCGGAUACACCGAUCACAGAUCGAUACUCGAUUAUCAAACUACUCGGACAGGGUACGUUUGGAAAAGUCGUGGAAGCAUAUGACAAGCAGCGCCGGUCUCGCUGCGCGAUUAAGAUCAUCCGUUCGAUCCAAAAGUACCGUGACGCUUCUAGGAUUGAGCUCCGAGUGUUGUCGACAUUGUCCUCCAACGACAAGGCAAAUCGGAAUAAGUGCAUUCACUUACGCGAUUGCUUCGACUACCGCAACCACAUUUGCAUUGUAACCGAUCUUCUGGGUCAGAGUGUUUUUGAUUUCCUCAAGGGCAACGGUUUCGUGCCUUUUCCCAGCACUCAGAUUCAAAAUUUCGCACGACAACUGUUCACAAGUGUAGCCUUCCUUCAUGACCUUAACCUCAUCCACACCGACCUGAAACCCGAGAACAUCCUGCUCGUGAACAAUGCGUACCAAACGUUCACCUACAACCGAACAAUCCCAUCCUCCUCGCAUGCAACAUCGCGAACAGCACGUCAACGACGCGUCCUCUUGGAUAGUGAGAUUCGACUGAUCGAUUUUGGAUCUGCCACCUUCGACGACGAGUACCACUCGUCCGUGGUUUCCACUAGACAUUACCGGGCACCGGAGAUCAUUCUCAAUUUGGGUUGGAGUUUCCCCUGUGACAUCUGGAGUAUCGGCUGCAUUCUUGUUGAGUUCUUCACGGGCGAUGCGCUUUUCCAGACGCACGACAACCUCGAGCACCUGGCCAUGAUGGAAUGCGUCAUUGGCCAUAAGAUCGAGUCUCGGAUUGUCAAACAAGUUAUGCAGGGCGGACGCCAUGGAAGCUCAAAUCAAGCCGCCAAAUACUUCAACCGAGGAAAACUCGACUAUCCAAACAAUGACACGACCCGAGCCUCGCGGAAGUACGUGAGGGCCAUGAAACAACUUGCAGAAUUCAUCCCGACCAACACCGAAUUCCACCGGUUGUUCCUGGAUUUGUUACAGCGCAUCUUUGUUUACGACCCCAAGAACCGUAUUACGGCCAAGCAGGCCUUGCAACAUCCGUGGUUCAAAGAGACCUUUAUCGAUGAUGGCACUGAAGCUCUGCGGAUUGGUCAACAACUGCAGCGUCGACGUGGGUAG